AAUGAAGAAAUCUGGUCUGAAGCCUGCAGAGGACCAACACCCGGCAGAACAACCACAGGGUGGCGCUAACCAGCACACACCUGCAGAUAAUCAAUGCAGCUCAGCUGAAGACUGGCACACUUCGGCUGAAGAUGGGUGUGCGCCAUUGGAUGAUGAGUGCGCGCCAUUGGAUGAUGAGUUUGCACAAGGGGAUGGCCAGUACGACGCCGGUGACGGCCAGUAUGCAGCCACCGAGCAGUACACGCAGGAGUACACGGAGUUUUCAGAGCAGUUCCAGUAUGCUUAAAGCUGGACUGGGAUGAACUGUGCAGGCUUCAGUCAGGACUUGGUCUGACCCUCUACCCCCCACCCCCCAAACACACAAACACACACACAUUAACAAACCAACACCUCCACCAACCUCCAGCUUCUGUCUAACUCUGUCCUCUCAGUAGGUUUCUGCCUCAGUUUGAACCUGAACUUCCUCGUUGUGUUUUCUUUAAGUUUUAAGCUAAGACUGUCUUUACAGUGUGACUUUUAUUUGGUUCUGAGUAAAAGGAGAUUUUGUACGUGUAAAUUAUUGAUGUUAGUUUUUCCCUUCAGCGUGUGUUAAAGUAGUGAUGCUCAAAGGAAGGUGGGAU